GUUCACGACGAUUGGUGAGCGGAGAUCGAUGAUCUUGGUCUGCGGCCAGCGGAACCCCUUCGACUACUUAGACGGCUCAAUUGACUAGAUUUUCUAGUCUAAUUUUAAACGCCGCCGCGUUGGCGGUAUAAAAGCUAGAUAAUGACUUCCAUAUUAUUCAUUCCCCUAGAACACUUUGUGGGCAACAGACAACAGACGACAGGUCCCAAUAUGCGUGCUCUUAUUAUUCUAAGCAUUGUGGCGGCGGCAACGGCCGGUAGUUUGUCCGGAUAUAAUUACGGACAGGGAGGCGCCACCAGUAUUGGAGGAGGAUCCAUAAGUGCAGGUCUUGCGGGACCAGUGAGCUACAGUGCCGCUCCCCAGUCGUCGGUGACCAAGGAGUUCUACAGCUUCUAUGCCAACGAUGCCGACUUUGAGGAUCGCGAGGGCCUUCAAAGAGCUCUGGCCAGCGUUAAGAAGAAUGUCCGUGUGAUCUUCAUUAAGUCCCCGGAGAAUCGUGGCUACGAGAAUGCCGUCUUGGCUCUGGCCAAACAGGCUGCCCAGCAGCAGACCGCCAUCUAUGUGCUUCAUAAGCAAACCGACAUCAACGAGUUGGCCCAGAAGUUCAAUGCCGUGCGACAGAAUGCCAACAAGAAGCCAGAGGUUCACUUCGUCAAGUACCGGACACCCGAGGAUGCCCAGAAUGCCCAGAGGGCCAUCCAAUCGCAGUACGAUCAGCUGGGCGGAUCCAGCCAGUCCAUCAACGGAGGAGUGGCCAAUGCCAUUAAUUUCGCCUCCCAAGGAGCUGCUCCUGCUAGAAGCGCCCCACAACAGCUGCCCCAGAGUAACUACCUGCCCGCCAACAUCCUCAGCCGCCUGCGUCACUAGAAAUUCCCCUUUGUUAAACGUUGUUUUCGAAUAAAAAUUAUUUAAUUUGGUUAUGUAAAAGAA